AUGGCUACUUCUCAAGACGCAGAACUUUCUCCCCGCGAGUCUCGAGUCAUUGGUGCUCUCCUGGGCGUCCAUUGCGGUGACUCGCUGGGCGCCCCCCUCGAAUUCAUGUCUCACGCCCAAAUUGCCCGUAAAUAUCCUCGUGGCCUCCGAGAAAUCAUCGGCGGAGGACACUUUGCGUGGCCGGCCGGUGGAGCCACUGACGAUACCGACAUGACCCGUGGAGUUCUUCUUGCCUACGCUGACGCAAAGCCCGGCGACGAUGUGGCUCGCCUCGCUGGUGAAUACUUCCUUAAGUGGUUGAACGGCGACUGGCCGGGCCGGAAGCCGGGAAGUUAUCCCAAAGAUAUUGGCGGCGCAACUUCUUCUGGGCUGGAAAAAUAUGAACACACGCGGAACCCUGAUCGCGCUGGAGCUGGUGAGGGACAAGCUGGAAACGGUAGCUUGAUGCGAUGCGUGCCGACUGGCUUGUUCCAGACAGACCCUCAAAAGUUGAUCACUGAGAGUGAACGCAUCAGCAAGAUUACUCACGACGACAAGAGAUGCACCAUCGCGUGCGCGGCUUACAACACCAUGAUCUCCAAGCUGAUCAACGAAGAAAGCGCGGUUGAUGCCGUCGCCGCCGGCCAGGAAGUCGCCAAGACGCUGGAGGGUUCAACAUCUGGUCAGGUCUAUCAAUCCAUUGAACUGGCCAAGACUCUCGACAUUGCUGCCAUGGCUGAGAAAGGACCAUCACCUAAAUUGCGUGGAGGUUGCAGUGGCUAUGUACUCGCAUCGCUGACCCUUGCCGUCGCUGCUGUUCUUGACAAGCGAGAUAUCGAAGAUAAUUUGGUGGAUGUUGUUCGCAUAGGCAACGAUACGGACACCAAUGGAGCCAUUGCUGGUGGACUUUUGGGCGCUAGGGAUGGAGAAGCGGCUAUUCCUGAGGCUUGGAAGGAAAUAUUACAGUUCGGGCCCGAGUUCCGGAGGGUUGCAUUGAGUCUGUUGCGAGAGUGA